AUGAUAGACUCAGCAAAUUCUUGGUGGGAACAAAGAAACUUUUCUGAUGUAGCAUUAAGUGCUCUUGGUACACAUCCGGUUGUAUCCGAAAUAAAGAAAAGAAUGAUUCAUAACAUACCACAUCUUCCAAACCUGAACGGUUUUUCAGAAAUUGAUAAAGAUUCGAUUUUUUCUUGUUCAUCUUCCAAUAUUAAAAUGCUACAAUUUGGAUCUGAUGGCUCAAUUAUUAAACUCAAUUUCAAUAAUACCAAUGUUGCUGAUGGUAACCACAAAUUAGGCGUGUUUGUUUAUAAAACGUUCGACGAGAAGGAUUUUAAUGAUUUUGGUUUGAUAUACAAUUACAAUAAUGAUUGGAGUGCUGGUUUUUACAAACCUAAUAUUACCAUUUCUGCUAAUCCAGAAAGCAAAUUGUGGAAAACUUUUGUUAGCAAUCUAUAUAUUAACAAAGCGCUCCUCAAUGAAUUUUGCAUACCGAUGGGUCUUGAUAUCCGCUUUGAACUUCGUACGUAA